AUGGAUAAGUACAUAGUUACACACCGACGCGUUAUACAUGGUUGUGAGUUAUUGAAUUUGGUACCUCAGCUAUCAAGUACUCGACAUGAGAAACAGCAGAGGAUAUGGAGAGGAAACUUAGUUGUUGAAGAGCUCAUGAAACGGGGUGUUAAUGAUUUAAUACCGAGAUAUGUACUACGUUUUGAAAGCUACGGAAAUAAACAAUUCACGUUUUGUACGACAGUAGUAAUGUCAUCAUUAAAGGACUUUGAAUUUGUAAUUAGGAAGGUGAUGGAUUGUCGGUUUUACAUUUGUGUGUAUUGUAAUUGUAUGAAUAUUGUAUUGGAACUACGAAUACUGAAUGGGUUAGAGGAACAGAAAUUUCGAGAUAUAUGGUAUCGAAUGCGGGACGAGUUUGAGAUGAUGGAUGAGAGGUUUAAAGACAGGGACAUACGGGGAAUAAUGGUGUAA